UCCCAACUACGCGCCUAUAUAACUCCUCUCUCUCUCUCUCUCUCUCUCAAAAUCCGAAGCUAUAGCUCCCUUGCUAUAAAACAAGACGCUGUGUUCUGCCUGCUCCUGUGGACGGCAAAGGAUGGAGGACGACGGGGUGCGGUGGUGCUUGGCCGUGGCCGUGGUAGCGCUGGCGUGCAUGGUGCUCAAGUUGGCGGACUUCCUGUGGUGGCGGCCGAAGCGAGUGACGGAGUACUUCGCGAAGCAGGGCAUCCGCGGUCCGCCCUACCGCUUCUGCUUCGGCUGCGUCCGGGAGAUGGUCGCCCUCGCGGUCGAGGCCUCCGCCAAGCCAAUGAUCCCCCAGAACUCCCACAACAUCCUUCCCCGCGUCCUCUCCUUCUACCACCACUGGAAAACAACCUACGGCUCCAUAGUGCUGCUCUGGUUCGGGCCUAGGCCGCGCCUCACUGUCGCCGAUCCCGAGCUCAUUCGGGAGAUCUUCCUGUCCAACACCGACGCCUUCGAACGGUAUGAGUCGCACCCGCUGGUCCGGCAGCUCGAGGGCGAGGGCCUCGUGGCCCUCCGCGGCGAGAAGUGGGCGUACCACCGCAAGGUCCUCAGCCCCACCUUCCACGCGGAGAACCUCAAGCUUCUGUUACCGUUUAUCGGGAAGACGGUGUUGGACAUGGUGGAGAAGCUGGCUGGAGUGGCCUCCGGCGAGGAGGUGGAGAUCGACGUGUCGGAGUGGUUCCAGACGGUGACUGAGGACUCCAUCACUAGGAUCGCCUUCGGACAGAGCUACAACGACGGGAAAGCUGUCUUCCGGCUGCAAGCGCAGCAGAUGGCCUUCGCUGCCGAGUGUUUCCGCAAGGUCUUCAUCCCUGGUUACAGGUUCUUGCCGACGAAGAUGAACACGGACUCGUGGAAGUUGGAGAAGGAGAUGAAGAGGAGCUUGGAGAGGCUGAUCGAGCUGCGAAAGAAGCGUUCCGACGAGGACGAGAAAGGGAAGAGGCAAGAGGGCAACGCGAAGGACCUGCUCGGUCUCAUGAUCGAAGCGAGCGCCGGGAAGCAGAGGGCUUCGCCGCAGCUGUCCGCGUGGAUGACGGUGCGGGACAUCGUGGAGGAGUGCAAGACGUUCUUCUUCGCCGGAAAGCAGACGACGUCGAACCUGCUUACGUGGACGGCGGUGGUCCUCGCUAUGCACCCCGAUUGGCAGGAGCGCGCCAGGGCGGAGGUCCUCCGCGUUUGCGGCAGCAGAUCUGAUGAGCUCGUCUCCCGUGAGGAACUGACCAAGCUCAACACGUUGGGGAUGAUACUAUACGAGACGCUCCGGCUGUACCCGCCGGCGGUGGCGACGAUCCGGAGAGCAAAAGUGGACGUGGACCUUGGCCACUACCGCGUGCCGCGGGGAACAGAGCUGAUGAUCCCGAUCAUGGCCGUGCACCACGACGCGCGGCUGUGGGGUCCGGACGUGGCGCAGUUCAAUCCGGCACGGUUCGCCGACGGAGCCGCCCGCGCGGCCACCCACCCCGCGGCUUUCAUGCCCUUCGGCCUCGGGCCGCGCACGUGCAUCGGCCAGAACGUCGCCCUCCUCGAGGCCAAGCUCACUUUGGCCAUCCUCCUCCGCCGCUUCGCCAUCCGCCUCUCCCCCUCCUACGUCCACGCCCCCACCGUCCUCAUGCUGCUCUACCCCCAGUACGGCGCCCCCCUCCUCUUCCGCCCUCUUCCUCCGCCACCCUCCGACGAUCCAAAUCCAAACCUCUCCUCGUGACGCCUCCUCCCCACCCUGUUUUGUGUAUUACAGGUUGACUAAUUAAGCCCCUGCAACCUUGUAAGCUCGUGACCAGUGACUCCCACCAUUACUGACUCGGCAGUGUAAAAGCUUGCCACAAAUUUGGUGGAACAGCUCUCUCAACAGUUUGAUUUCAUUUUAGUCAAGUAAAUUCUCCAAAAAAACGCAUCUUAAAUCUAUAAUUCACCAUCAGAAGCUGUAACUCUACCUGUUUCCUUUGGCAAAUUCGCCUACGUUAGUGGUGGAGUGGAAGUAGAAGGAAGGAACAGUUACCACCUGCAAAAAAAGGGUGGCGAUGAUUGGACACUUAUUUUGUUGGACGGAUGUAAUUCAAUUGUGGGCUAGCUGUCACGCUGUACGGCAUGAGCCAGUAACGACAGAGGUGGCGGCACUGUCGCAGGGCGCAGAGUGGUGGCCGGUGGCGAGCCUGCCGGAGGCGACAGGCGCAACCAGAGCAGGCGACAGAGCGGGAUGGGGGGUUUUGGCUGCUUCUUGGUCGUUAGGAACACUGCGCUCGGAUCAUUUGUUGUUGGAUUGUUGCGCCAUUCAUUCCGCUGCAGCUGUUGGCCAUGUGGGGGCUCGCUUGUUGAAAAUUGGACCAACAAACAAGUAAAUAAAUUACUUGUCUUACACUAACAAUAACAACACUACAAUACCCUUUUUGUGGAUCACUCACAAUUCUAAGACAAAGAAGAAAAACAAAAA